UUAUUCUGAAGGCUUGAGCGAGCUUCCUGUUUCGUAGGCGCGGUUUUGACGCAACGUGGAGCAACUUUCUGACGUCGAAAUGAGCAACUUAAUAAAGCUGAAGCCCACCGAAACCUCACCGUGAGGUCGGUGCGAAACACCCGGAGCCAUGACCGACCUGUUCGCCUCCCUGUCGGUGCUGUUCGCGUCGGUUCUGCUCAGCGAAACGCUCCGCCGCACCUCCGCGCGUUUUUUCCCGGGAGAUUUCUGCCGCUACCUGCUGGAGGCGGCGUCCACGUUCCAGCUCUGCACCUGCACGCAUGAGCUCAAGCUGCUGGGUGAAGCAGGCCAGCUGGGUCCACAGGUGGGCCUCACCCUCACCUACGCCGUCACCGUCAUCCACCUGUCCACCUUCCGCGGCGCGUCGUGCAACCCGAGCGCGGCGCUGGAGCGCGUUUGCCGCGGCAGCUGCAGCGCCGGAGCGGCAGCCGCGCUCGUCGCCGCGCAGUUCGCCGCCGCUGUCGCCGCGCAGUUCGCCGCCGCGUUCGUCUGGUCGCUGGAGCUCUCUGACGUCCACGCCCGGCACCAGAGGUUCGGGUUCCGGUGCUACGACCCCCUGGGCGGGACUCUGCUGCAGGCGGCGGCCGUGGAGCUCGGCUGCGCCUUCGCGGUGCAGGCUGCCGCUCUGCACGUCCACAAGCUGGGCGAACAACUUCGCGUUCACUUCGUCGCCGCUGUCAUCACCGCUCUGGUUUACACAGGUGGAAGUAUUUCAGGAGCCAUCUUUAACCCCGUCCUGGCCUUCUCCGUCCAGUUCCCCUGCAGCGGCCACACCUACCUGGAGUACUGCUUCGUCUACUGGCUGGGACCCAUUUUAGGUGUGGCGAGCUGCAUCCUGCUGUUUGAGAAGCUCAUCCCCUUCCUCUCUGGAAAGAGCACCAUCGGGCUGGACGUCCCUGUUGUCCAGAAACAGAAGAAGACACGGUAGCAUCAGCGACGUGGGGACCGACAACGUCACAUAAGUUUGUGUCUUAAGCUUUUUAUUCCAGGGUGUCUGGGUGCAUAAAACCAGCAUACAUUUAUUUCCCUUUUGGCAUUUACACUUGUCCCUAUAGCACAAUGAGGCCUGUGACUUCUGGGAGGUGGGUUUAGCUCUUAAUGUGAGAAAUUAACAAAUAAAUAGUCCUUGGAAAAAAAAGACAUGAAAAAUGAAUGUAUAACUCCAGAAGUUGCCUGAGAAUCAUGACAUUUUAAAGCUUCCUUCAGUAUCAAAGUAGCUCUGUGAUAGCUGUGUGUACAUUCAUGAGUACAAUGCAAACAGGAUAAUAGCUAAUUCGGCUAUACUUUUAAUGGGACGGCUAACGACUUUGGUUGUGUUUAAAGUGAUAUUACAAUCUUUUUAUAUUGCCCACACACACACACACAUUUAAAACACUGACAGUGGCAAAUAUUCACACCAAGGAUAUAACUUUAAAUUUGACUUAGAAAGCAUAAUUUCUAGCUAAUAAACAUAACUUUACUUCAUUUUUGCCAAAUGUUUUACACAUGAACACUGUUGAAAAGCACAACACUAUAGAAUAAGUGUUACUGUGACUAAAUGCAACCAUCACUACUUCACACAAGACUGACAAACAACUUAAAGACAUUAGAAGUACUUUGGUUGCAAAAUGUGAAAAUAUAAAAAACUUUGAAUGCACACAAGUUAAUCAAAGUGCAUAUGGAGAAAAUCUGCAGAAACAUGUAACAUUAGAGCCACUUCAUUUGCGACAAGACAUCUUCUAAAUAAAUACAGAAAUACACAAACCAAACCACGUCUGAUAUUACAACUACUUAACAUUACUUUCUAAUUCUUUUUUUAGUUUUAAAGAAGUGAAGGAGGAUAACGUUUGGUGUUUUUGUCUGAUUCAUUUCGGUGUAUUUUUGCACAAUUGUGAUUUCACCAAAAGGUUUCCGGGACACUUGACAUGUAAACAUGCGUAUAAGAAAACUGGAUUUCUUUCCUCUUAAGUUUGGACGACCAAAGCUUUAACCUUCUUUAGGUUUUCCUGCUGCAUCAUGUUUGACUGAUCAUUUACUGUUUAUUUCUAAUAUGUAAGAGUUAAAAGUAAACUUGUGUAAUAUUUGAUCUUGUUGAAUCACUUUUCAUUUCCGCUGGAUUUUAUUUCUCUGUCAAAACUGCAUAAACUUCCAUUUCUCUGUGAACCAAGUACAACUUAAUUACCUCUGAAGUCUAAAUAACAAUAAUGCAUUUUAAUACUUGCAUGAUCAUUUGCAGUAGGAAUGUGAAUAAACAAACAUUUUUGACUCAGUGACUGUCAGCAAAAUGUACAGUAUAUUCUUAGAGAAUGUUGGGGGUUUUGUAUAUUGUUAUUUAAAAUGCAUGAAUGAAAUGUUUUCAAUAAAACAUCUAAUUUAAA